AACAUGCAACAGCUGUUUGUAUCAAUGUCACUCAACACGUGUGUAAUGAAAUCCAUGAAGUUGAAUAUUUAAAAAGGUUUCUGUUAGUGUACCAAUUUGAUUUUAGAUAUUUUAACGAUUUUAAAAUAUGGGAGUACAUGACAGUGGUGAUUCAAAGUAUAACAUUAUAGGUAAUUCCAAUUUUUCGAAAUUAACUCCUAAAAAACCGACGACUGUAGUAUUUGGAGAAACUGAACAGCAUGGUUCUGAUCAUAACAAUGGAGAAAUUAUCGAUAAGAUAUCAAUGAAUAUUCAACAACAGAGAAAAUCAUUGCCAGUUUAUAGGCUACGAAAAAGAUUAUUGGAAGAAAUACGAAGCAACAAUAGUCUGAUUAUAAUUGGCGAAACUGGAAGUGGAAAGACAACACAAAUACCUCAAUUCUUACUAUCUAGUGGACUAGCUGGUUCAUCAGGAUGUAUUGGUGUCACGCAACCUCGUCGAGUAGCUGCGGUUAGCGUUGCUGGUCAAGUUGCCCUAGAACAAGGGACUCAAUUAGGCAAACUUGUUGGAUACUCUGUGCGAUUCGAAGACGUCACAAGUCCACAAACAAGAAUAAAAUAUUUAACAGAUGGAAUGAUGGUUCGAGAAGCAAUGACUGAUGAAAAUCUCUCUGAUUAUUCCAUUAUUAUUCUUGAUGAAGUCCAUGAAAGAUCUGUUCAAACAGACGUACUUCUUGGUGUUACAAGACGAGCACAAAAUAUUCGCAAACAUAAAAAUCUUCCACCUUUAAAACUUUUAAUUAUGUCUGCUACAAUGGAUGUUGACAAGUUUGUCAAAUACUUCCAAGCACAAGUUGUUUAUGUUGAAGGUCGUCAACAUCCUGUAAAAAUUUAUCAUUCUAUCAAAUCUAAUGACGAUUAUGCACUUGCUGCUUUAGCUACCGCUUUUAAAAUACAUCGAGAAGCUCCAGCAAAUGAAGAUAUUUUAGUUUUUUUAACGGGCCAAGAAGAGAUAGAAGCUGCCGUCACAGCUGCACGACAAGUAGCAAAACAAUUGGACGGUCAAGGAUAUCCAAACCUGAAGGUAUUUCCGCUGUACUCAGCACUUCCAACUCAUCAGCAAUUAGAAGCUUUUAAGGCUUCGCCAGCGGGAAUGAGAAAAUUAGUCUUAUCAACAAAUGUUGCAGAAACUUCUGUCACAAUUUCAGGAAUUCGUCAUAUUAUUGAUACAGGUGUUGUAAAAAUUAGAACUCAUCAUUCAACAACAGGAUUAGAUGUUUUAAAAGUUGAAAAAGUAUCUAAGGCUCAAGCGUGGCAAAGAACAGGCAGAGCAGGUCGGGAAUCAGCUGGAAAAUGCUACAGGACAUUUACAAAAGAGGAAUUUGCAUUGAUGAAGGAAAUGCCAAUACCUGAAAUACAAAGAUGUUCAUUAGCUGGUGUAGCUUUACAACUAUUAGCUAUUGGAAUCGAUAUUACGACGUUUGAAUUUAUGGAUAAGCCUCCAAAAGACUCAGUUAAAGUAGCUGUUUCGUGCUUAGAAAGACUGGAGGCGGUUAAAGGUUCUCCUCCUCAAUUAACGACGCUUGGAAGAACGAUGUCUCUCUUUCCGUUAGACCCUCGAUUUACUAAGGUGCUUCUUGCUUCCGUUGAACAUCGAUGUCUUGAUGAAGCGCUUACUGUAAUUGCUCUACUCUCUGGUGAAUCUGUAUUUGUCGAACGACCAGCAAAAAGAGAUCAAGCUCUAGCAGCGCGAGCUAACUUUGCAUCACCUGAAGGCGACCACGUAACAUUACUUAAUGUUUAUCGGGGUUUUACAAAUGCUACCCAGAAAAAGGUUUGGUGCCAGGAGAACUUUCUUCACCACCGGAAUUUAGAAUACGCAACAGAAGUCAGGUCACAGUUAAGUAGAUUAGCAGAGAGAGCUAAUGUUGAGAAGUCCAGUUGUGGGGCAGAUACCGCAUCUUUGAGGAAAUGUCUUUUGGAAGGUCUUACAGAUAAUUUAGCCGAAUUACAGAGGGAUAACACAUAUAUAACACUUUCUACGAAACAUCCUGUUGCUAUUCAUCCAUCAUCGACCCUUCACGGUUUGAAGCCACCUCUAGUUUUGUUUACGGAAGUUGUUGUUACUGGUAAGAGCUAUAUACGAGGAUUAUCUGUUAUCGAGUCUGCUUGGAUUACGACAAAAACAACAUCCGAUGGAUAAUAUAGUUAGUGUAACAAUUUCAAUUAUUACAAAAAAAAAUAAUAAUAACAAUAAUGGUGAAGAAUUAUUGUUAUUAUUAUAAUGUCACAGUAUUUUUUUAUAAUACAUUUACUUACGUGGAAAUUCAACGCGUAAUCGUAGUUAAUUGAUAUUAACAAGCCGUAAAAUAAUAUCACACGACUACUCUGGCACUUGAUUAUCCGAAGUGAACAUUCAAAUUCACUCAAUGAAGCUUAAAAUAAGUUGAGCUUGAUUCAGGAAUUCAGCACAACAGGUGGUUUUUAUUAAUUCCACAAUAGCUAUUGUAAAAAGUAUAAUAUUCAAUUUAAUGAGUUCUCAAGCUGUCAUUGAACAAUCAUUUCUAAGCAUGGAUUGUUUUUAAUUUCGCAUUUUAUGUAUUUGUUUAUUCGUUUGGUAUACGCUGGUAUAAUAAGUGUAACUAGUGUCUAGUACAGAACAAUUAUUUUUUAUUAUGUUUAUUAUACAAAUUUUCGAAUUGUUUUAUUUAACAAUACGAUGAUUAGUAACGUCAAAUUUGCAGCAUUCAAGAUUAAUAAAUGUUUUCAUAAUAAA